AUGGCGGACUCCAGUACUAAUGCCGAUUUACCUCCACCAACAUCCUCGCAUCAUAACGAAACAGCUUCUGUAGCUGUGGUGGAUCUGGAGGAAGACGUUCAACAACCAAAUGGGAACGAUACAAAUACAACUACAACGGCGACAACAGAUAAAAGAAGCUGUGCGUCUUCAACACCUAAACACAGUAGUAAUAAUAAUAAUAAUAAUAAUCAUUCACAACAACAACGGCGAGAGGACGACGAAGUGGAGACUGACGAAGAAAACAUGUGUGGUGUUGAAGAUGACCACCUUGAAGAAGAAGAAGAAGAACACGAUGACGAUCAAAAUCAAGCAGAAGAUCAAGAUAUUGAUAUGCAAAGUCAUCUCGAUGCUCUGCAAGUUGUUUGUACGGCAGCAACGAACUCUGCCUCCUCGGAAGGAGAAGACGGCUGUUCCUCCUCUUUUAAUUUUCACAUGGAAAACAAACACACUCAAAGAAAAACAGACACAGAUAUGAGAACGUUAAGUUCGUAUUUGAAAUCUUUAAAUGAAAGCCGUAACCCGGAGAGGAUACCACCGGAUGAACUCGACAAUUAUUUAUCAAGUUUUUUCAUGGUUGUCCGAAAAGCAGAUGGAAGCGAAUAUGAACCAAAAACGGGUUUUUUUGAGUCUGAGGAUCUUGUUAGCCGUACAUUGUUCACAGCUUGUUGUCCUGUUUAUGAACAGUUGUCAGCAUCUCUCAAGAAUCUUCCUCUUGAUGUUGAAACUUAUUCACCAAGUGUAAGUCUAUCAUCAUUCAUCCAGACACACUUCUUUCCUACAACACCUUCAUCCAAAACAUUUCAUACCUCUGGUUCUCCGUAG